AUGUGGGCCAGUACCAAGGACAAGAAAGAUGCACAUGCAAAUCGAACCCCAACCGCAUUCCUCGGCCCAGGAACGCCUUCAUUUUGUUUCGUCAAAAGUACCACCAGUCUGUGCUUGACGAGUCGACUGAGGCAAAAACCAACCCCGAAGUCUCCCGCGAGUUGGGCCGCAGAUGGAGAGCCUUGCCCACAGAAGAAAGAGACUACUGGAACAAUUUGGCCGAGGAGGAAAAGAAAAACCACGCCAAAAAGUAUCCCAACUACCGUUAUACGCCUCGCCGCAACGGGAAAAACAGAAACUGCGCCGUUUGUCGCCCCAAGACUGCCCCGGCGCAAUCUCUUCAUUACCCUCCAACCCAGCAAGCUCGCCCCUGUGCUUAGGAUGAGCCACAUGCAAAAUUAUCAAAAGCAACAACAGCAACAUCAGCAGCAACAGCAGCUGCAGCAGGCUCAUCUGAAUUCUGCCCAGCAACUACUGCAGUAUUCGUACAACCAUCUGUCGCCUUCUCAGCAACAGCAGCCGCAAAUGCAGCAGCAGGGUCUGCAGCAUCCACUUCAACAGCUGCCACUGCAUCUGCAGCUGUCUACGCAAGCCAUGUAUCCAUAUCCGCAAAUGGGUCAGUUUGGAUACUCGGAGCAGCAGGCUUAUGGCCAAGCUCUGCAGCAGCCAUAUUACCAGUCGGACAGAAUGGCGUAUGCGGUCGGAGGAGAGGUUCCCGUUCAAUACGUUGCGUUUGAUCAGGCGCAGCAUCAAGCACAGCAAAGUCAACAACACCAACAACGCUAUGGGUCGUUGCCUCACAAUAAUUUAUCCUCUAGCUCUUCUUACGCUACUUAUGACGGGUACUCCAUGCCUCAGCAAUAG